AUGCAAUAUUUCAUUUUUAGUGUUUACUUUUCGCUACUUUCGGUUUCUCUUUUGACUUGUCAUUUGAUCAAUAUUGAAUUUUUGGUCUUGUUUCAGACUGUGGGAGAUACGUCUGCUGCACAAGCAAGUGGUGGACAAAAUGGACCUCAAAUUUGGGAAAGACCGUGGUCAGUGGAUGAAAUCAGAAAAUCUGCUUACAAUUGGACACUUGCAGGAGAUGCAGGGUUGUUACAACACCUGCAGGAAUUCUCACAGAGAAUCAUUUCCAGGACUCAUGAAAUUGAAAAAUCAGUAGAAGGAUUGGUUCAUGAAGCCAAGUUAACUGAUGUCAGAGUAAACAAUGUUUUUAAUGGUUUUAUGAUGUUGGCUAAUACACAGUUUGUAGAAAAUAGAGUCUACGAUGAAGAUGUGAAUGCUAUGGAGAAAAAACAAGAUGAACAGAAAAAAGAUCAGGAAAAGACACGCGAGGAGCGUGAAGCAGAAUUAAUACCUAAAGUGACGGCAGCAUUGAAAUAUGGUGUAGAUGUGAUCGACCAGGCGUUUGAAGCGUUAGAUACAAACGUAGCUAAUUCUGAUUCCGAAGAUGAUGAAGAUGUCAAUUAUAGGGUUGAUCCCAUUCUUGAGGCAAAGGAUCCGUACGUGACAAGACCAAUGCCAUGUUUGAUUGGUGGACCUGAUUUCUUACAAGACGAUAAUGUUGGAUUAACAGAAUAUGAAUCAGGUAAAUCUAUUUGA